UCGCAAAAAUUAGAUAUUUUUUACUUUAUUAUUAUAUUAUGAGAAUGAAUCCUACUACUUCUAGUUCUGGGGUUGCCACGCUUGACAAAAAGAACCUGGGGCGUAUCGCCCAAAUCAUUGGUCCGGUACUAGAUGUAGCCUUUCCGCCAGGCAAAAUGCCUAAUAUUUAUAACGCUUUGGUAGUUAAGGGUCGAGAUACUGUUGGUCAACCAAUUAAUGUGACUUGUGAGGUACAGCAAUUAUUAGGAAACAAUCGAGUUAGAGCCGUAGCUAUGAGUGCUACAGACGGUCUAACGAGAGGAAUGGACGUAAUUGAUACGGGAGCUCCGCUAAGUGUUCCGGUCGGUGGAGCGACUCUCGGACGAAUUUUCAACGUGCUUGGGGAGCCUAUUGAUAAUUUAGGUCCUGUAGAUAAUAGCACAACAUUUCCUAUUCAUAGAUCCGCGCCUGCCUUUAUACAGUUAGAUACAAAAUUAUCUAUUUUUGAAACCGGAAUUAAAGUAGUAGAUCUUUUAGCCCCUUAUCGCCGUGGAGGAAAAAUCGGACUAUUCGGGGGAGCUGGCGUGGGUAAAACAGUACUCAUUAUGGAAUUGAUUAACAAUAUUGCCAAAGCUCACGGAGGCGUAUCUGUAUUUGGCGGAGUCGGUGAACGGACUCGUGAAGGAAAUGAUCUUUACAUGGAAAUGAAAGAAUCUGGAGUCAUUAAUGAACAAAAUAUUGCAGAAUCAAAAGUGGCUCUAGUUUACGGUCAAAUGAACGAACCGCCGGGAGCUCGUAUGAGAGUUGGUUUGACUGCCCUAACUAUGGCGGAAUAUUUCCGAGAUGUUAAUGAACAAGACGUUCUUUUAUUUGUUGACAAUAUCUUCCGUUUUGUCCAAGCAGGAUCUGAAGUAUCCGCCUUGUUGGGUAGAAUGCCUUCCGCUGUGGGUUAUCAACCUACCCUUAGUACCGAAAUGGGUUCUUUACAAGAAAGAAUUACUUCUACCAAAGAAGGGUCCAUAACUUCUAUUCAAGCUGUUUAUGUACCUGCAGAUGAUUUGACCGACCCUGCUCCUGCUACGACAUUUGCACAUUUAGAUGCUACGACCGUAUUAUCAAGAGGAUUGGCUGCCAAAGGUAUCUAUCCAGCAGUAGAUCCUUUAGAUUCAACGUCAACUAUGCUACAACCCCGGAUCGUUGGUGACGAACAUUAUGAAACUGCACAACAGGUUAAGCAAACUUUACAACGUUACAAAGAACUUCAAGAUAUUAUAGCUAUUCUUGGAUUAGACGAAUUAUCCGAAGAAGAUCGUUUAACCGUAGCAAGAGCGCGAAAAAUUGAGCGUUUCUUAUCACAACCUUUUUUCGUAGCAGAAGUAUUUACGGGUUCUCCGGGAAAAUAUGUUGGUUUAGCAGAAACAAUUAGAGGCUUUCAAUUAAUCCUUUCCGGAGAAUUAGAUGGUCUUCCCGAACAGGCCUUUUAUUUGGUAGGUAACAUCGAUGAAGCUACGGCGAAGGCUAUGAACUUAGAAAUGGAGAAAGUGAAAGAAAUCAUUUUAUCUACUAAUAGUGGACAAAUUGGCGUAUUACCAAAUCACGCUCCUAUUGCCACAGCAGUAGAUAUAGGUAUUUUGAGAAUACGCCUUAACGACCAAUGGCUAACGAUGGCUCUGAUGGGCGGUUUUGCUAGAAUAGGUAAUAAUGAAAUCACUGUUUUAGUAAAUGAUGCAGAGAAAAGUAGUGACAUUGAUCCACAAGAAGCUCAGCAAACUCUUGAAAUAGCAGAAGCUGCUUUGAGAAAAGCUGAAGGAAAGAGACAAACAAUCGAGGCAAAUCUAGCUCUCCGACGGGCUAGGACACGAGUAGAGGCUAUCAAUGCCAUUUCAUAACCAGUCGGUGCGUCCAAAUAAGCAUCGAUUUAUACUUUGGUUGUUUUGUUUGACUUGAUUCUGUCGAUUAAAAACAAUCAAGCGCAAUCAUAUUUUGAUGCAACGAAAAAAAAAAUAGAAAAGAUACAAAAUCAAAAUUUAUAAAAUAAAAUGGGUAUAAAAACUUAUUAGAUACCAUUGACCGCGGUAUCUAAUAAGUUCUACCUACUAUUGGAUUUGAACCAAUGACUCCCGCCGUAUGAAAGCAAUACUCUAACCGCUGAGUUAAGUAGGUCAUUUAUCUUCACAAAGAAAACCAAAAGGGACUCCUCCCGUCGAUGGAUUAUAAAUAUCAUAUUACUUAGAAGCAAUACCGAUCAAUAUGAUCUUGGAUCAUGGAAUAGUCAUCUUGAGAAUAUUAAUCUUGACAAGAAAUUAUCUACAUAAUAAAAUAUGUAUUACAAGCACUAAGGGCUGUAGCUCAGUUGGUAGAGCACCUCGUUUACACGCGCGCCGAUGUUUUUCAGGGGAGUGCAUCAUGCAAUCAAAAAAUUGAUCUUAUUGAGAAAUUGAUGUCUUACUCCAUAACUUUGAGGGAAGAAGAGAACAAUAGCCUGACAAGGAUUCGGUCCGAUUUAGGUGCCCAGUGAGGUGCCAAACAGACCCCAUCGUUGAUUUGAUAUAUUGAUAAGGUGAAUACCCAGUCUAUUCAAUGCUAGGCUGAGUAUCAGGGCCUCAAAAAAAUCUCUUUUCGUCCUAUGAACUUUAAGGUGUAUGAAGUUUCAUAUUUGAUUUUUAAGUAGAGCGAUAGAGACUUCAUUUCACUUAGGUUAAUCUAGGCCAGAGGCAGACCUACGUCAAGAUAACCCCCCUUGAAAAACUUUGGUAGUGUUCCUGAAUCUGAAUAAACAUAAUGACUCAGAGCACAUGGAGCCAUCUUCUUAUUUUUCUGUCAAAAAUAAAAAUGGCGGACUAGCUGAUAUUUCUAUCAGUUAAUGAAAGAGCCCAAUGCACAAAAAAUGCAUGUUGGGUCUUUGAAACAGUUCAGAUCAUUUUGAUAAUAAUAAGUUUGAUCUGUUUUACCGAGAAGGUCUACGGUUCGAGUCCGUAUAGCCCUAGAGCCCUAUAAAAUGAAAAUCAAAAAAAAAAAUGAAUAUUCAAAUACAAAAAAUUGUAUCAUUUUUGAUUUUCAUUUCCUCUUUUCCUGGCCGAAAUCAACGAGUUAAUUAUACUACCUUUCUUUGGUAUACCCAAUUCUAGUGAAUUUUGUAUCAUAACAUGAGUCUGGUUAAAAACUCCAACCUAACCCCAAUCAAGUCUACAAAUCUAAUAGUAAUUUACGUCGGUAUUGUGCGGUAUUUGUGCACAAGAUAAAUAAUAUCUUUGCUAAUGUUAAGUUUCAUUGUAAACAUUGUCAACAACGUAAAAUAGGCUUUCCUUAGUAUACCUUACUUAGACCUAGUCUUCUCUUUCGAUAGAAAAUCCUCCAUUGGGAUUGGAUUCUAAGAAAAGUACCAAGACCCAUCUAUUCUAAAUAAAAUUCCUAGACAUUCUCUUACAUCUGACUACUUGUGACUACUUGUUCUAUUCUAAACCACUAAUAAAAAAGAGACAAAUGUACAUAUUCAGAAAAAAAUGAAAUUCAAUAUAUUAUAUAAAGAUAAUCAAAUAGAAAGGAUAAUACAAAUCGAUUUCAAUUUCGACCAAUUUCAAAUAACUAAUAAAUAGAAUUCAAAAUUCGAAAAAAAAAAUGAGAAUUCUAUUUAGAAUCCCUUUUCUUUAGAGAGAAUUCUCGGUAAGAUUGAGAUGAAAACAAGAGAAUUUGGAUAAGAGCAAUAGUUAGUUUUAACUAUAACUAAAAAAAAGCAAAAGCUAUGUAGAUUCUAAUCGAUGAAUCUUGAAAGGAAACACGCCCCGCAAAAGGAAACUAGAUGGUUCGCAAUUCUUACUUUAACUAAACAGUUAUGAACGACUUAAAAAUUUCAAGUCGAAUUGAUUAAUCCGGUAUAUUUUCCACGUUUAUAGGAGUGCAUCUAUGUUUCUGCUUUACGAAUAUGAUAUUUUUUGGGCAUUUCUGAUAAUAUCAAGUCUUAUUCCUAUUUUGGUAUUUUUCAUUUCGGGAUUUUUAGCCCCGAGUAGCAAAGGACCGGAGAAACUUUCUAGUUAUGAAUCAGGUAUAGAACCAAUAGGUGACGCUUGGUUACAAUUUAGAAUCCGCUAUUAUAUGUUUGCUCUUGUUUUUGUUGUUUUUGAUGUGGAAACGGUUUUUCUUUAUCCAUGGGCAAUGAGUUUCGAUGUAUUAGGUGUAUCUGUAUUUGUAGAAGCUUUAAUUUUUGUGCUUAUCUUAAUUGUUGGUUUAGUUUAUGCAUGGCGAAAGGGAGCAUUGGAAUGGUCUUAGCUCCUGAAUAUUCAGACAAUAAAAAGAAAAAA